AUGCCUAAAAUAAUUUAUUUAAUUAAUUUAAUAAUUAUUUUAUUAAAUUUUGCAAAUUCCCAAACACCUAACUGUAAUAAUUUAGCCCCCACGGACGCUGCUAGAUUAACUUGCCAAUUUUUGUCUAUGAGUGAUAAUGCUGCAAGGAAUUCUCCACCUCCCCCAAAUCCUCCUCUUCCUCCUGGCGGACCUCCAAAUCCUAAUAUUCCAAAUUUGGCAGCAAAUUUUGCAGCUGUGCCUGCUACCCCCUACCAAUGUAUGGAUUUGGGGUGUCUUUGCCGUUUUAUGGGAGGUUGCCCUAAUGGACCCCUCCAGAGAGCAGUCCGUACAGAAUACAGAUUAAUGACUGAGGAUCAAAGACAACGAUAUCAUAAUGCUUUACUUCAAAUAAAAAGUGACGGUCUUUUUGACCAAAUUGCUUCAGUUCACACAACAGCUGUACAAACUGGAUCAGCACAUGGAGGUCCUGCUUUUCAUCCUUGGCACAGAGAAUAUUUGAAAAGGUAUGAGUUUGCUCUUCGCAUGGUUGACCCAUCUAUUGCUCUACCUUAUUGGGAUUCUACUUUAGAUGGUGCUUUACCAACCCCUGCAGAUUCAAUAUUAUUUUCCCAGGAAUUAAUGGGACAGGCAGAUUCUAAUGGACAAUUACGUUCUGGGAGAUUUGCCCCUUGGAGGACACUUGAAGGAAAUCCUUUUAUAACAAGAUUUGUCGGUUCAGGAGGAGCUUGUUACCAAGAAUCACAAAUUCAAUGGGUUUGGGGGCAAAGAGAUAUUGCUUUAAUGCUUGCGUAUUCUUUCCCCAAUGCUGGUUGUCCAUAUCAAUUAAUUUGGAAUUUACCUGAACUAACUCAUGGAAAUGUUCACAUUUUUGUUGGUGGGGAUAUGUUAGAUCCACGGACAUCGGCUAAUGAUCCUUUAUUUUAUAUGCACCAUUCUUUUGUUGAUUAUAUAUGGGAAGGAUAUCGUACAAGACAACAAUCUAGACAACAAAGAGAAACGGAAUAUCCAGCUGAUAACUCGCAAUGUGAACCUGCACAGCAUUUUGCAGGGGCACCAAUGUUGCCUUUUAACCCAAUGAAUAAUGUUGACGGAUUAAGCAAUGCUUAUACAGACAAUUUAUAUCAGUUCGCGGAAAGACCUACGUGCCAAAGUGGGGCUAAUUGUGGGUCGCCCUAUUUAUUUUGUGAUCGCUCUCAUGGCGCUCCACGUUGCGCAUCUAAAGUUAGGAUUGGUGGAGAUUGUAGAGGGUUUAAUUCUCAAGAGGAUGUGUGUUAUAACGGAGUUUGUUCAAAUGGACGUUGUGUUGGUAGACAACUAAGGGCUGAUGAAGAUGGAGAGGAGGAGGAUAAUGAAGUUAAUGAGACUGGAGUUCAAAACGAUCCGGCUGGACAAAUACCCGAUCAAGUCGCGUUUGCCUGUUACAAUGAACAUGAAUGUUGUGCAAUUUGGGCAUAUGAAGGAGAAUGUGAAAAUGUAAACCAGAUUAUGAAUUAA